UCUCCUUCUUCCAUUCCUUCAACCACCAUCCCCAAAUCUCUGAAUUCGCAUCCUCCCUGUAAACACCCAGCAAUUUCUGUCAUAUCCAGCGAUCCAGCAUCAAGCUUGUUUCACGUUCCAGAAUUUGAACAACAAUGUCCUCCAAAAAUCUACUUGUACACAAAAUAAUCACAACAAAUUCUCAAAAUCAAGGGAAAAAAAUUCAUUAUUCCCUUAUUUCACGUUCUGAUUUUUGAAAAUAGAAGUAACUGGAAUACAAGAGCAAGAGUAUAGAAUCGAGGGGUGAGGAUGAAGGAAAGGAGCAAGCAUAAUCAAUGGAUCUUCAUCAACCAAUAGAUCUUCAUCAACCAAAUCGAUACCCAAUUUUUGAAGCCCACUCCACCUCCAAGCAGAUCUGAGACUGGAAGUGGAGGAGGGAGAGGGAGGGUGUCAUGGCGCUGGAUCUCUCGCCAGAGCUUCUCCAAUCCAUCAAGCCAGGGGACAUGAUUGGAGUCGACGCCAGCGGCGGCGCCGUUAGCCUCCUCCUUCGACCUGUGGUUUUCUCCCUCUAUCUCGCACCUCGCUCCUUCCUCUGUUGUCAUCUCUCUCUCUCGCUCUCUUCCUCCCUUCCCCUCUCACGAUUUCUCUCUCCCCUUCUCCCCCACCAUUGUUGGCAUCAGCGCGCGAGAGAGAAGAGUGAUGAAGAAGGGUGAAAAACUGAAGAAGGUUGGGGUUUGUGUCUUUGUGAGGAUGAUGAUGAAACGAUGAUAAAGGGCGAUGAAGAAGUUUGUGAGCGUGAAUGGGUGAUGAAGAAACAGUGAUGGAGGGGAGUUGGGUUUGACACCCCACCUAUGGGGCUUGGCACCCCACUUUAUCAAAUACGGAAUUUAAAAUUCCGUAUUCUCCCUAUUGAAUACGGAACUUAAAAUUCCGUACUGUAUUUAAGCAUGCGUGUCACAUUUUCAACCACUCAUUAUAUACUAAAAUAGAUACGGAAUUUUAUUUUCCGUAUUGAUACGGAACUUUAAAUUCCGUAUUUAAUAAAGUGGGGUGCAAAGCCUAAGGGGUGGGGCACCAAACUCAAUUCCCGUAAUGGAGAUUGAUUUUCUAAAGAUAGGGGUUGGGUUCUGAUAGGUUUUGGUUUGGGAAUUUAGGGAUUUAUGGUUACUGUGUUUUAAUAUACGGUUUAAUUAGAUUUAGGUUAAUUAGGUAAAUAGGGUUUUAUAUUUACAUUUAAUUGCUUUUUUUUAAUUCCAUGUGUAUUUAAAAUAAAUGAAAAAGUCACGUGUAAAUAUUGAGUCGGCAAAAAAUAUGCCAAAUAGGUUGAAAACACGAGUAGAGACUUAUUAUGAUUAAAAAAACAAUUCCAGGAAUCCGGAAUCGAAAAAAAAAUUUUAGGGACUUAUUUUCGUACGUGGCACAAUUUUAGGGACCCCUAGAGUAUUUAAGCCAAAAAAAAAUUACAAAUGUAUGUGUUGUUGUUCCUCUUUCUGCAGUGCAUCAAACUGUCAGGUUUAUCGAAGGGCAGGGCAAUAUUUUAGCUGGAGAAUGGCGCCAGAACGCGAUCAAACCUUCAACUCGUGAUUGACGCACUGUAAGAUUCAAUUCAGUGAUUUAGGAAUUUGCAUUUCAUCUAAAAGAUGAAGAAAAUGAAGAUGGAGGAUGGGAUUAGCACCUUACCCGAUGCGCUCCUCUGCCACAUUCUCAGUUUUCUCACAACCAAGGAAGCCGUUGCGACAAGCGUUCUCUCCAAGAGGUGGAUUCCGCUGUGGCGUUCCGUCCCCACUCUGCACUUCAAAGAUGCCAACUAUCAUACUGAUAUAGGACAUGCCGACCAUGAUAUAGUAAAAGACGUUUGUUCCCGCAUUGUUCAGUCCGUGUAUGCAGUUAUCCUCUCCCGAGAUUUCCAGCUACCCAUUAAAAAAUUCUACCUCAGGCUCAACGAUGUCUGUCAACCCUUUUACGACCCUGCCAAUGUUAGCGUGUGGGUUAAUGCUGUUGUGCAACGCCAGCUUGAGCAUCUCGAUAUCUCCCUGCCCUAUCCCAUGUUGUCUACUCCACGAGCCAACUUGUCUUCCAUCUUCAGUUGCAGGACUCUUGUGGUUCUCAAGUUGCGGGGGGGCUUAGAGUUGAAACGUUUUCCCUCUGUUCAUUUUCCCUGCCUUAAAGUCCUGCAUCUGCAAGGCGCAUUGCUUCUCCAUGACGUUCCAUAUCUUGCUGAGCUUCUUUCCGGAUGUCCGGUUCUUGAAAAUUUGAAGCAAAGUCUUAUAUUUUAUCAAGAAUAUGUCCCUCUCACUAACAGAGAGUUUAAUACCUUACCCAAGUUGGUCAGAGCAGAUAUUUCAGAAACAAUUUUUAGGAUGAACAUGUUUAACAAUGUCCAUUUUCUGCGAAUAGAUGAGAUUUGCGAAGGACUCCUUCGCGGCGGUGAAUGUAUGUUUUACAAUUUAACCCAUAUUGAACUUGUCUAUGCCAAUUAUAAUUAUGAUUGGUUUGAGGUAGUGAAAUUUCUCAAGUAUUGCCCCAAGCUUCAAGUUCUUGUCAUUAACCAGCCAGACUUUUAUGACUACGACCUUGAUCAACUCCACAUAAGCGAUUGGCAAGACCCACCAUCUGUUCCUAAAUGCAUUCUACUACACCUUAAAGUUUGCUAUCUAAAUGAUUAUAGAGGCACAAAAGGUGAGCUUCAAUUUGCAAGAUAUAUUAUGCGGCAUGGAAGGUUUUUGAAGAGGAUGACAAUUUCCAGUAGCACUGCCGAGAAUCAACGAGGAAAGCUUAAAAAUGUAAAAAAAUUAUUCUCAUGCACGAGGCGCUCUGCAACUUGUAAAUUUUCCUUUAAAUGAUACGAACAAACUAGAUUUGGUUGCACCAAGUAGUUUCUUCAUUUUUCUUCCUUUGAACUAGUAUCUACCUACAAGGAUAUGGACAUUGUCCUAAUUUUCAAUUGACACUAACUGUUUCAUUACUGAUAAUUGCUUGUGAAUUUGAGAUAGACUGCUCAAUGUGAGGUAAUCCGUUAUUGUAUGUCUGAUCUCAUGCAAGCACAAUCACUCACUCAAGACUCAAAACACAUAGUUGUUUGUUGGAA